GUUGUCAUGGCGCCGUUUCAAACUGUUGACAAGCUUUUGGACUAAAAUUUAAAGCGUUUAACUAUGUACUAUAAGUGUAUUAACUUAUGGUUUGAUACUCUGAGCACUUAGACAAUUUAAAAUUACCGUACAAACUGGGAAGCAUUGUUAAAAGCGAAAUGGCUGAAUUUAGGAUUUUGGGAUUAACUUAAUGUUAGCAAACUUAAAUACAGGAGCGAAGUUAGCUUACGAAUGCUAACUCUAAUUAGCAUUAGAUAUCUAGCAUUAUUUAGUACUUCGACAGAACUUUGGACUCGUCUUCAUUGCAAUGACUACACAGAUUCCUCCCAGUCAAGAGAGAGACUGGGUUGCUGUAGGUUCAACGCGAAACGCCAACAACAUGAGCAAUUUGACUUCUGGGAGGUCCCAAACUAAGCUAUUGUUCAAUGAAGUCAUCCCUGCAAGUUCCAGCAACCGUGCCACUCGUGUAGGCCCGCCAGCUCCCAUUGUAAUAGAGAGACUGCUGCCACUCUCAGAGGUGCGUGAGAGUGUGGACAGUACCAGAAGCUCCAUCAGCUUCACCGCGCUCUCCGAGGAGAGGCUUCAAGUCGCUGUUAACUUGGCCAAACGAGAUCUAAGGCGAAGGCGCCUCGAGAUGCUUGCAAAAUCCUCCACCGAGCCUCCUCAGGAGGCCUCCCUCUUUGAAACAAGUGAUGUGGAAUUGCUACAGGAGCUUGCAGCCACACCAGGAAAGGCAAAGUCAAAAGCAUCCAGUCCGAAAGACACAAGGACCCGACCAGGACCCAAACAGCACACAUUCCAGAAACGUCCCCUUUCUUCCCUGCCUCGUGUUGGCCAGUCACCCCCUACCAGAGACCCUGGUCCAAGGGAGGACAGAGGCAAACAAGCACCUUUAAGCCAUGAAAUCCACAAGCUGCAAAAUGAGCUGGAAGUGUACAUUCAGAAAGUGGAAGAGCUAGCCAAUAGAGGGGAAAAAACAGAGGAGCCAUUGGAACCUGAAGAGCAAACUAAGUUGGAAAUACGCAGACAGAAGCAGGCAGCUCGUUCAGGACGUGUCAUUUAUGUCCUCCAACAACAGGUAAAAGAGAUUCAAGAAGAAAUAGAGAAACUAAGAAGCCAAAAGAUGUGGGACACAAAAAAGUCCACAGCAAUAAACAGGCUUGCAGCUGCCCACCGUGGGGCACUUAGGGCCUUACAGGUUAUCAUCCACCAGCUUUCAGAUUUGUCUCAUACCAAGGUGCCCCCUCAUUAUAAAGAACUCGGCCAGCUCAUUCGGCAGCUCUCUUUGUGCUCAGCCAAGGUCGAAGUGGACCAGGGUUCAGCUGUGCCUGAGACAGCCCUCGACAUCCUGCAGAAACUAGAGACUUUGGAUGCCGUCCUCCGUAAACAGGAGAUGCUUGAAAAGUUGCAAGCCCAAGCAUGUCCUCCACGCAGGAAGUCUCCUCAGCGCAGCAUGUCACCUACGACUGCACCUAAGGGUCCCAGAACCUUCACUGCUCAAGGACCUCGCAAAGUAACAAAUCCCAGAAGAGGUGUCCACGGCAGAAGAAUGGUCUCACAGAAACCCAGACCUACGUCUCACCAACCCACGAACAGAAGAGAGUUGCUGAGGGCUGGCCUGGAGAGAGUCGCCCAGCAGAGGGAGCUGAAGGCACGACCUCCGAUACAAACCACUUCCAGGAAAGAACUGGACUCUGAGAGAAGGAAGGCUGACACAAUGCAGAAACAAGAUGCAGGCUUCCAGCAGCCAACGGUCUCCUCUCGACUCAGAGUGAACCAGCUCCCUCAAAAAGAGCAGUCUGUGCCCUGGAUACCUACAUCCCCUCACUCUCCUCCUCCACAGCGAUCCCCUCAAAGGGGGAGGCCGGAACCUCGUUGUCUUUUCUCUCCGGUGAAGCCCCCACCGAGCCCUCCGAAGCAGAGGGUGGGUGGCGCUUUGGCGGCAGAGCCAGGCCUGAGCUCGGAAAAGAAGAAACAAGCUCAGAACGAAGCGUUAAGGAAGGCUUGGUUGGACAAGAUGACUAUGCAGAGACUGAAAGAGCUCAACCACCUGAGCAGAGAAGAGACCGAACGCAUUCAGAGGCUGAGGUUUGAAGUUGUCUCACCAACUCAGUGGGCAGAGAGGGCUGAACAGAAGGCCAGGGAGAGAAUUCAGCCCCUUCUGGAUGAAGUGCAGCAGGUUGGUGAGUCCACGAACAGGAUCAACUCUUCACAAAGGAGUCGUCUGUCUGAGAACGCUGCGGAGAGGGCGGCAGAGAGUGCCGAACAGCUGAGUGAGGCGCUGUUGGAGGACCUGUUGGAGGAUACCGCGCGGGUAACGUGGGCGGCUGAGACCGACAGACAGUUGGAGGGCAUGGCUCAGCGUAGGCUGCAGGCCCCCACUCUGGAGAGUAUGCUGCUUCGUAUGGAGGAGAUACAGAGGGACCAGGAGGAAGUGAGGAGACGUUUUGCUUCCAUCACUUAUUCAGACCCUCUUUACUGGGAUCAACCACACACAGCAGAGUCCCAGCGUCAUGCUCCAGGCUCCAGGCCAGCCUCUCCGCAGCCAAUUAGGCUCACGAGGCCAGUGGUGCAACAGACCUCUGCACCCGAUAUCGUCCUAGAGAAACCUGUUGACACUGGACACAGUUUCCUGUCUGAUAACAGUCUGACAGAAGAGGCAUCCAGGGACGAGCAGCAGCCCAGAAAAAACACCUUGUUCCCAGGGCCAGUGGAAAGGAGCAGGGGGACGGUUAUCUCCGUGCCAGGCGGCGUGCUGAGAAGCAUCCGGCAGUACCGGGAAGACUACGAUUCUUACCUGCGUGUUGUCGCUCACAAGGUCGGCAGCUUCAACCCCUGGGCCGUAGCAGACAGCCUGGCGGAUCAGUUACUGUCGGAGGCUCUAGCCGACGUGGCGGCGGAGUUUCAGGACGUGGUGGAGGAGUACGCUGAGGCCGUCUUCACCUCAGAGUUCCUGAAGCCCACUCAGUCACCUCCUGCCUCGGCUUUGGUCAGCCCAUAGUACGCCACAACAACACAGACGGAACAGUUCAUUAAAAACCUUUUUUUUUUUUUAUCAUGAGGUUUAUCUCAGUGGGAAGAGCAGUAUUUUUCUGACGAGAUUCAUGUGGAAAAUUAUUUAUUAUUUUGAGUGCGGGUAUUUCAUUUUGAAAUCAACUUCUUCAGUGUUUUUAUUUAUUUUGCUCAUAACUAAAAACAUGAAUUAUGUUUUUAGAGAUGACUGAGACGCUAUAUGAAUUUAUUUUGUUUGGACAGCAGCUUGAGAGGCUGCAGCAGCUGAGAUUGUCGAAUUGCAGGGGGGACGUCAGUCACGGUGCUCUUUACAUUUCGUCUGUACGUGUGAUUUAAUGCCUCCGGGGGGAGUUAGUUUGGUGUAGAUGAGCUUGGAGAGGCCAUUACGACAUUAGAGAGGAUUAUAAGAUUACUGCCCUCUGUUGAAUUUGGUUUAAAUCUCCCAGAGGAUUACUCACACUUUUUACUUUCACGUUGGAAUAUGGAAAUAAAUUAAUUGCAUACGUGCACCAAAACGAUGAAGAAAUCCAAAGGGCAUCAUGUGUUAAAUCUGUCGUCACUUGCUCUGUUGCUUUAUUGUCUUAAUAAAGGCUCCCAAUGCAGUAAAUUAA